UGAGAAGCCGAGCCGCAGUUCGGAGUGGCACAAGGCGCUAGUUCCGACAUCAGCCUCAUACUGGAGCGAGGUGGACAAUCCCCCAGAUGUUAGCUUCAAACACACAGACCACGCCUCGCAAACUAAUCCCAAUAUUUUCGUUGUCUCUCCUUGCUCCCUUCUACUCUACACUCUACCCAAAUCACUUUUGCGACGGAGCACCCUUUGCCUUGGUCAGGCCCCAUACCUUCGACAAGACAACCCCAGAGAAUGAGUUCCACACCUGUGACCGGCGUCCCCAGCGCGUCGAUAAAUGGCCCAGCGAGGCUUGAAAAGAAGCCCGUGAAGUUUAGCAACCUGCUGCUUGGCGCUGGUCUCAACUUGUUCGAGGUCACUACUCUGGGACAGCCGUUGGAGGUCGUCAAGACUACCAUGGCUGCCAACCGGUCCGAAGGCUUUGCGGGAGCUAUUGGCCGCAUCUGGGCACGCGGAGGAGCUUUUGGGUUCUACCAAGGUCUCAUUCCGUGGGCCUGGAUCGAAGCCUCCACCAAGGGCGCCGUCCUCCUCUUCGUUGCGUCGGAAGCCGAAUACUAUGCCAAAUCGUUCGGGGCGCCUGACUUUGUCGCUGGUAUCUCGGGUGGUAUGACGGGUGGUCUCGCUCAGGCCUAUGCCACCAUGGGCUUCUGCACCUGCAUGAAGACGGUUGAGAUUACCAAACACAAGGUCGCAGCUACUGGAGCGAAGCCCCCGACCACCAUCGAGACAUUCAUGGGAAUUUGGCGCACGGAAGGUCUCCGCGGUAUCAACCGUGGUGUAAACGCCGUCGCGGUGCGCCAGGUCACCAACUGGGGAUCCCGCUUCGGUCUGUCCCGCGUCGCUGAGACCGGCAUCAGGAGGGUGACUGGUAAAGAGCACGGCGAGAAGCUUAGCGUGGUUGAGAAGAUCACUGCUUCGGCGCUUGGUGGUGGUUUGAGCGCGUGGAACCAGCCCAUUGAGGUCAUCCGCGUUGAGCUGCAGUCCAAGACUGUCGAUCCGAACCGCCCCAAGAACCUGAAUGUUGCCUCGGCAUUCAGGUACAUUUACUCCAACAACGGUAUCAAGGGUCUUUACCGUGGCGUUACUCCUAGGAUUGGGCUUGGCGUUUGGCAGACGGUCUGCAUGGUUGCUUUGGGCGAUGUUGCCAAGGAAGCUGUCGAGAAGCUCACUGGCGACAAAGUUACGGCUAAGCACUAGACGGCGUUUUGGAUACUUUGACCUACGGAUUUGAUCUUCAGGUUGACAUACCCACUACAUAUACUCGGGCGGUUUCGCGAGGAUCGUAAACUUAUCAUAAUAAUCUCUGGCGUAAUUCAUCGGCAUUACCGUGCUGCUUGAUGCCUAUGCGAGCAAUUAGCGCAAUUAUGCUUCAACACAUAGAUGCUGCACAUCUUACUAUAUAUCGAUGUUAUGUCUGGAAGGGCCAAAACACUCUUUGUUGACAGUGAGAUGCUGCGUUUCCAACAAAGUCUGUUUAUGGAAUUCUAUGAGACUAGUCUGUGACACACCAUUUACGAGAAGGCUCGAGAGUACCGCUUAACUAUAUACGGGGGACAUGAUCCUCGUUGCUUCUCCAC